AUGAUAGGCUCUACAAUCAAACAUAUAGCAACUGUAUUUCCAGUAAAUGUUGAAGCUUUGAAAUCAGAAACAAAGUUGCAACAACAUCGUGUUAUUAUUAAAGAUUUCAGUUUAAAUACAUCGACUCAUGGUAUUCCAGGUAUUGCACGUAGUCAAAGUAUCUCUAAUCUUCUAUUUUGGUCGAUUUCUUUCAUUACUUUUCUGGGUAUCAUGCUAUAUUUUAUUAUUCAAUCAAUUCUUGCAUAUUAUUCAUAUCCAACACAGACUUCAGUGAGCACUAUUAAUGAAUGGCCACAAGCUUUUCCAGCAGUUACUGUUUGUAAUAAUUCUCCAUUUCGUUAUGAUACAUUCAUUGGACCUUAUUUAAACUAUACAAAUUCACUCAAUCUAACAAAUACAACUGAUACAACUACAUUUACAGAACAACAAGCACUCUAUGUUUAUGAUUAUCUACAAUAUAAACUUAAUCGAAAUGAAUCUGUAAAUGAAUUUUACUAUCCACUUAGUUCAAUGCUUAUAAAAUGUGUUUAUAAUGGUGUUAAUUGUUCGGCUGCCGAUUUUGUUCAAUUUACAUCAUCCACCUAUGGUUUAUGUUAUACAUUCAAUGCACAAGCAUCUCAUAUUAAUAAUGAUACAAUACAUUAUAAUAAUGAAAAUGGAGGUAGUGGAGAACUUCAAUUAGAUUUAUAUAUACAUAGUCAUCAAUAUGUUCCAUAUCUAACUGAUGCUAUGAGUAUUGUAACUAUGGUUCAUGAUAACACACAAUUGCCUCUCAUUGACAGACUUGGUAUUCAAAUGAUGCCAGGACGAAAGCAUAAACUAGGGUAUAGCGUGAAAACAAAUACUUUCUUGCCAGCACCUUAUACGGCAUGUACUGAAACUAUUACCCUCGGAAUGCAAGCUAUGUUUGAUCAGUUUUCAAAUGCGAAAUAUGCUUAUGCACAGCAGAUAUGCUUUAGCGUUGCUAUGCAAAGCUAUACAUAUGAUCAAUGUGGUUGUGUUAGUCCUUAUGAAUGGUCAUAUCGUUAUGUUAUUCCACAUGGUACUAAGAAUAUUAUCUAUGCCACUCUUUGUAAUAUAUCUGAUUCCUGUUAUUCUACAGCAGCUGUUAUAUUUCAAGCUUCACUCUCUGUAUCGAAUGAUUAUGCUGCAAACUGUGGUUUAGAAUGUACCACGAACCAAUAUGUACUUGAACUAUCUUCGGCUCUAGCUCCAGCUUCAUGGUAUAUGAAUAGUAUAAAACAAUUUGUUGAAUCAUCUUCUAUUCCAUUACCUUCUAAUUGGUCAUCAACAUGGUCAAAUGAGAUUCAAAAUAAUUAUGUUAGUCUUGAUAUUUUCAUCGGCGACGACGGCGGCUCAGCCACACGGCUUACACCUCUAUGUGCAACAACUGUUGUUGAAAGUUAUACACAACAAGCGACACUUGGCGGUGUUGAUGUUAUUUCUAAUAUUGGUGGUCAAACAGGUCUUUGGAUUGGUAUAAGUUUUCUUUCAUUAAUGGAAUUUGCUGAAAUGCUCUUUAGACUUAUUCGACAUCAAGUUUAUCUCAUUCGAGAAAAGAUACAUAGAACAAGAAGAAAGAUUUCUGAGACAAAACUAUAG